GUGGCUUGUUGGCGGAUUCGUAUUUUUAUGGGGUUGCAACGAUCCAGAAGGCAAAAAAACACUUUCAUUAAUAACAGCAGAUAGUUCGUAAUCUCUUUUUAAAAUGAGCAAAACUCAAGUGCUGAGAACGUUGGUAAUGCAGCGUCUAAACGUGGCCGUCGAAGAGAUUUUCCAACUUUUUGAAAAAACCAUAGCGGAGUAUGAGGAAAUUUGCCGAGCCAAAGAGAACAACGUGCGACUACAGGGCGAACAAUUGGCCCACUCUGAAGUGGCAGCCAGCUUCGACGUGCAGCAGUUGGUGGCCAAUCAAGAAGAGGAGCCAGCAAAUUCCUCAUGCAUUAAAGUAGAAGAACAAAACAUAUGGAGCAGUCAAAAUGUGGAGCAGCUUCCAGCGCUGAAGGAGGAACCUCAUGUAAACAUGUUGGCACCCCCUGAUGUCCAACUGAAGAGUGAAGAAGACAAAGAUGUGCAGCUGGUGUUGGUGGAGAGUCAAGAAAUGGGGGACGAGCCUGCGGAGCCCCCCCACAUUAAAGAGGAAGAGGUGUGGAAUAGUCAAGCCUGCCAGGAGGCUGGCAUCACCAUGCUCACACUAUCUGGUGUCCAUGUAAAGACCGAAGACAACAACGACGGUCAGCCACGUCAAAGUGAGGACAACCAAGGCGGCAGGUCGGGACAAUGCUUGUCAGCAGAAGCCGAAGAUCUCCACUCGCGAGCAAACUACUUGGCGCCGCUAUCUGAUCCGGAAGACAUGACGUCCCGCUCCUCGGACACCGUCAACACUAAAGUUUCGUACGCCAAAAAAGCCAAAAAACGCAAAUGCUCCGAAUGCGGUAAAACGUUUGUCUGUAAAAGCGAUUUAAAAAAACACAUGGUCACGCACACGGGUGAGAAAGCGUUUGCGUGCUCAGUGUGCAAUAAAAGAUUCCCCUUUAAGCAUCGCAUGCUCAGACACAUGAGUAUACACACGGGCGAGCAUGCCCAUUCCUGCUCAGUUUGCGGGAAAGGAUUCCGAGAUAGGUACGACAUGGAAGGUCACAUGAGCAAACACACCGGCCAGAAACUGUACUCGUGUUCGAUUUGCGCUAAAAGUUUGUCUUGUAGAGCGUCGCUUCGGAAUCACAUGAAAUUACACACCGGGAAGAAACUCCAUACCUGCCCCGUUUGCGGGAAAGGUUUGUCCGGGGGCUCGUCGUUUGGCGCACACGUGAGAAAACACACGGGGGAGAAACCUUUUGUCUGCCCCGUCUGUAACAAAUGUUUCUCCCGUAAGGACACACUCGCUUUACACAUUAAGCGUCACAAUAAGCGUCACACAGGCGAGAAACCGUUCGCCUGCUCCGUUUGCCCUCAAAGAUUCACCCGCAAGUCGGCCAUCAAGCACACGGACGGCAAGCUCUUCAUUUGCUCUCUUUGUUUGUCAUAA